GCUCGCGGGAGCGCCCUUCCUCGGGAGGCUUUUCCCUCUUUUUUUCCGUUCGGCCGCUGCGCCGGGCGCCUCUCCUCGCACUCCCCUCACGCCUUUCUGAACCGCUACACCCUGCGGGAGCCGGUUCUGCAGCCGAGGUUGGGUGCCGAGCCGAGGUUGGGUGCCGGGCCGCGAAGCGGUUCCGGGUUUCGGGGUCACAGGUCAGAGUUGACUCCCUGCAAAGUGCAGCCGGUUUGAAAUGCAAGAUGGCGGCGGCAGGGCGCUGAGAGGCGCGGCAGCCCCUGCAGGACAUGGCAGAUAGGUACUUUGGACCUGCUGGUAAUGAUGGCCUGAGCUAAACACCUAAUCUGAAGGAACAUCCUUCAGUGUCAAAGGACAGAAUGCUGAGGAAACUGGCAAAGCACUACUCAGCUCUCACUUAUGGUAUUGCAGAGGAUUGAACCUGGGAUUUUGGAGCCUCAGAGGAAGAGUGAAAGAGGAGGGAAGAAACACUUAAGUGCUGCUCUGGCAUUCAUGAUGCUCUUUGCACCCUGGUGCCAAGAACUGCACACGGGGCCUCAGACGUGGUGAUUGAAGAUGUGCUUCAAAAAUGUCAGCAGUUCAACAGUAUUUUACCUGCCAACAAUACACUCUUUACUUGAUUGAACCAUGAAAAAGCUGCUAACAAAAAUUUAGCACAAAAAUGACCAUGAAGAACCAAAGGCCACUGCUUUUAAAUGAAGAGAACUGAACAGUUUUCAAUCUCAGCUCCUUGUAAUCACUGCUGAGAUUUUUCUGCAAAACAGAAUGGCAAGCAGGAGGAAAUCAACAAUGCCCUGCAUGGUCCUUAAGAGUGAACAGGAGCCAGGACUCGGGUUGACAGCAAAUUUGGAUAAAGCCCCUCCUGUUCUUACACCUGUAGAAAACACCAAAGCUCAGAGUAUCUCAAGUGAUGAAGAAGUUCAUGAAUCUGUGGAUUCUGACAAUCAGCAAAAUAAAAAAAUUGAAGGUGGCUAUGAAUGUAAAUAUUGUACCUUUCAAACUCCAGAUCUAAAUAUGUUUACUUUUCAUGUGGAUUCGGAACAUCCCAAUGUAGUGCUAAAUUCUUCCUAUGUCUGUAUUGAAUGCAAUUUUCUUACAAAAAGGUAUGAUGCACUUUCUGAGCAUAAUCUGAAAUAUCACCCAGGAGAAGAGGAUUUUAAAUUGACAAUGGUGAAACGAAAUAACCAGACAAUCUUUGAACAAGCAAUAAAUGAUCUAACGUUUGAUGGCAGUUUUAUUAAAGUGGAAAGUUCAGAGCAAGCAGAGUCUACAGAAGUCUCUUCAGGAAUAUCUAUCAGUAAAACACCUAUCAUGAAAAUGAUGAAAAACAAAGUGGAGAACAAGCGGGUUACACUUCAUCACAACUCAAUUGAGGAUGUUCCCAAAGAGAAAGAUAGUGAAAUCAAACCAGACCGUGAAGAAACUGUAGGAAAUCCAGAUUCUUCAGCUUCUGAAUCUAAUACAAGUACUUGCACUGUAAACAAAAUACAUCCAAACACCACCAGCACGGUAGUGACCCCAGCAGCAGUUCUGCCUGGCUUAGCACAGGUGAUAACUGCUGUAUCAGCCCAGCAGAAUUCCAAUCUGGUUUCCAAAGUCUUAAUCCCUGUUAAUAGCAUCCCUGCCUACAAUGCUGCUUUGGAUAACAAUCCUCUUCUGCUUAACACCUACAACAAAUUCCCUUAUCCAACAUUGUCGGAGAUUACAGUACUUUCGGCUCAAGCAAAAUAUACAGAGGAACAGAUCAAGAUAUGGUUUUCAGCCCAACGUUUAAAACAUGGUGUUAGUUGGACUCCUGAGGAAGUAGAAGAGGCCAGAAGGAAACAAUUCAAUGGAACAGUACACACUGUACCUCAGACCAUAACUGUUAUUCCUACACACAUUUCCACAGGGAGUAAUGGUUUACCAUCUAUUUUACAGACAUGCCAAAUAGUUGGUCAGCCAGGACUGGUUCUUACGCAAGUGGCUGGAACAAACACCUUGCCAGUCACAGCACCUAUAGCUUUGACUGUGGCAGGGGUUCCAGCUCAAAGUGGUGUACAGAAAAGUCAAGCACCUGCUGCUCAGCCCACUGCAGACUCCAAGCCAGCAACAGCAGCAGUUCCAACUUCUCAGCUUGUCAAACAAGAAACCGCAUUGGCAAGCCCUGAUUCAUUUGGUAUUCGAGCAAAAAAGACUAAAGAACAGUUAGCCGAAUUAAAAGUUAGCUACCUUAAAAACCAGUUUCCCCAUGACUCAGAAAUUAUCAGACUUAUGAAGAUCACAGGCCUGACAAAAGGAGAAAUUAAAAAAUGGUUUAGUGAUACGAGGUACAAUCAGAGAAAUUCAAAAAGUAAUCAGUGUUUACACCUCAACAAUGAUCCAUCCACCACUAUUAUUAUAGACUCCAGUGAUGAAACCACCGAAUCCCCUACUGUUGUUACUUCACAGCAUAAACAAUCCUGGAAUCCUCUUCCUGACUUUACUCCCCCAAAAUUUAAAGAGAAGACUGCAGAGCAGCUUCGUGUCCUUCAGGCAAGUUUUCUAAACAACUCUGUACUCACAGAUGAAGAAUUAAAUAGGCUAAGAGCACAGACCAAACUUACCAGAAGGGAAAUUGAUGUUUGGUUUACAGAGAAAAAUAAAUCAAAGGCUUUCAAGGAAGAGAAAAUGGAAAUUGAUGAAAGUAUUGCAGGUAGUUCCAAAGAAGAAACUAGAGAAAGUCCUCCCAGAGAUGAAUCUGGUGCACCGAAGUCAGGGAGUACAGGCAAGAUAUGUAAGAAAACACCAGAGCAGCUGCACAUGCUUAAAAGUGCUUUUGUUCGGACACAGUGGCCAUCACCAGAAGAGUAUGACAAACUGGCUAAAGAAAGUGGGCUUGCUAGGACAGAUAUAGUUAGUUGGUUUGGAGAUACCCGUUAUGCUUGGAAGAAUGGAAACUUAAAAUGGUACUACUACUAUCAAAGCUCCAGUACUAUGAAUGGUUUGUCUUCGUACAGGAGAAGAGGGAGAGGAAGACCCAAAGGAAGGGGCCGGGGAAGACCACGAGGGCGGCCUAGAGGAAGCAAAAGACUCAACAACUGGGACAGGGGGCCAUCACUCAUCAAAUUUAAAACUGGAACUGCAAUCCUUAAGGAUUACUACCUGAAACACAAAUUUCUUAAUGAGCAAGACCUUGAUGAACUUGUUAAUAGGUCACAUAUGGGCUAUGAGCAGGUCAGAGAAUGGUUUGCAGAAAGGCAGAGAAGAGCAGAAUUAGGUAUAGAAUUAUUUGAGGAAAAUGAGGAGGAAGAUGAAGUUGCUGAUGACCAGGAAGAAGAUGAAGAAGAAACAGAUGAUAGUGAUACUUGGGAGCCCCCACGACAUGUGAAGCGGAAGCUUUCUAAAUCUGAUGACUGAAAUCUUCGUAAAGCAUUGGAGGAGAAUCAGUUCUUCAACUCAAGAUAUCUGAUUUACUGUGAAUGGGCCCAAUCUUUGAUGACACUGAAACAUUUGGGGGCAUAUACAUUCUCAAAAAAUAGGAUCCAAUACCCAAAAGGAAUGGAACUUAAUGUUGUGCCAAAGUUAAACUACUGCAGUUGGCAGAAGUUCUGCAAUGUAAAUAUAACACUGAUUAAAAAACAACUUAUAAAAAUUCAAAUUUUAAUACAGUACAUUUUUAUUAUGGUAUAAUAGAAAAAUUCUGGUUCUUAGACUUUUUGAAGGGGCUUAAUAACCACUAGACCUUGUUCCCAUUUUGUCCAACUUAAUACUGUAUGUCCAGUAAGAUGAGCUUUAUUGCCUAUAGUGUUUGAUAUGUGAUUAAACUCAUGGCUUUGAGUGACCAAACAUUUUACAGAGUUAAGAUUGUUAGAAACAGGGAAAAAAGAAACCUGAUUUAUUUCUAUGUCAUUUAUCAGGUCCUGCACUAAGAUUAAAUUUUGUACAUGGACUUAUCCAAUUUCAAUAAAAGUGAAAAAGCAGCCUUUGACACACA